UCAAUUUCAGUGGAUUUUUGACGUUGCUGAUACUUGCGCGUUUUCAUUACUCUUCAUCAAUGUAGUGCUUAGGUUUCCAAAAUGUGUCUAAUAUAAGUAGUUCUAGGAAAAUAAACAAAUCAAAUCUUAAAUGACGCCCACGAAGACCACAAAAACUGAAGUAGAAAUGGUGAUACGGAACAGAAAAACUGUGAUGAAAGACGGGAUUAUGACGAUGUCGGGGAUCGGUGAGCCGUCUGUUUUCCACGCGCUAGUGGUUAUCUUCCUCGAGUUCUUCGCGUGGGGCUUGCUCACCAUGCCCAUCAUCUCCGUGCUGAACGCCACCUUCCCGGAUCACACGUUUCUAAUGAAUGGACUCAUAAUGGGAAUCAAGGGCAUUCUGUCGUUCCUAUCCGCUCCGCUGAUCGGGGCGCUCUCCGACGUGUGGGGCCGAAAGUUCUUCCUGCUGGUGACGGUGUUCUUCACGUGUGCGCCGAUUCCGCUGAUGACGAUCAACACCUGGUGGUUCUUCGCCAUGAUCAGCAUCAGCGGUGUAUUCGCGGUCACGUUCUCGAUUGUGUUCGCGUACGUCGCGGACGUGACGACGGAGGCGGAGCGCUCGCGCGCGUACGGGCUGGUCUCCGCCACCUUCGCCGCCAGCAUGGUAAUCUCGCCUGCGCUCGGCGCCUACCUCAUGGAUCUCUACGGCGAGGCUUUGGUCGUGGCGGCCGCCACUGCCGUCGCCGUUUUAGACGUCUUCUUCAUAAUGGUGGCCGUCCCUGAGAGUCUGCCUGAAAAGGUCAGACCGAGUGGCUGGGGUCCCGCUAUAAGCUGGGAACAGGCCGACCCCUUUGCAGCACUAAGAAAAGUUGGAGCAGAACGUACAGUGUUAAUGUUGUGUGUGGCAGUGUUCCUCUCGUACUUACCCGAAGCCGGACAGUAUUCUUGCAUAUUUGUGUACCUAAAACUUGUGAUGGGUUUCGGUGUGGUGCAAGUGGCAAUCUUUAUUGCAAUUGUGGGGGUGCUCAGUAUUGGGGUGCAGGUGGUGCUGGGAUUCCUCAUGCGGUCGCUGGGAGCCAAGCACACAAUCAUGGUGGGGUUGUUGUUCGAGAUGCUGCAGCUGAUGUGGUACGGAUUCGGCAGCCGCACUUGGAUGAUGUGGGCGGCGGGCGUGCUGGCGGCGCUGGGCUCUCUCACGUACCCGGCCAUUAGCGCGUACGUGUCAGUCAACAGCCGCGCCGACCGGCAGGGCGUCGUGCAGGGCAUGGUGACGGGCGUGCGCGGCCUGUGCAACGGGCUUGGGCCCGCCAUGUUUGGCGUCAUCUUCUACCUGUUCCACGUGGACCUGAACGAGGAGCACGCAACCGCCGGUCGCGACCAGGAGGACAAGUACGUGCGGCUGGUGCCCGGGCCGCCCUUCGUGCUGGGCGCGCUGCUGGUGAUCUGCGCGCUCUUGGUGGCGGCUUUCCUGCCAGAAGACGGCGCAGCGGCGCGGCGGGCCUCGCCCGAGCUGCGCUUCGAAGUGGAGCGUGGGCGGCGGCUACCGGGCCCGCUGUCGCCGCUCAUGGCGCCCGAGUCAGCGGCACUCUAGCUGGCGGGCCGGGCCGGCCGCGCGGCCAGCGUGUGACUCGAGUGUGGUGUGGUGGCGCCCAGCGCGCCCUCGGUGCAUUUACGACGUACCAAAGCGAACUUCGAGUGAAGUGAGUCCUCGCCGACUACGUUGACGACAUUCCCGUACGUAACCUCUGCUUCAUCGUGUUUUUUAAGCUUUAUACCUAUUUUUAUAUACUUUGGGACUCCUUCGGAGGCUGUACAUAUUUUGUCUAAAUAAAAUCAUGAAAUCAUCGUAUGAAGCCUCUUGUUUCAUGUUUCGAGCCGAGCAUCACACAACAAUUUCUUUAGUCUGAUAUGAUUGGACUCUAAAUGAGUCAUAACCACAAUAGUCCAUUUUAUCAAUAAAGUUACUCAUGUUAUCACGAAUUGCACAACAAUACUCGUUGAAUAGAUAGGAAAUUAUUCAGCAGAUUUUUCUUGAUUGGUACUUCAGUGAUGUGAAAAAUAACACAAACUAAAUUAAUUAUGUAAAUUGAUAUAAAACAAUAUAAGCUCAAUCAACCGGAGGGAUUAUGGAACAUACUCCACCACACUGUUCCAUUUCAGGUUGGUGGAGGUAUUUGGGAGGUAUGUGCGUUCCGAAGCACGGAAUUAUCUUACUUAUUUGGAAAAUCAGAUGAUUCAAGCUUGCAAUGUUCUAACCAAACCUGGUACUCCAGAUCGCGAGCACUACACUAUAACUAUUAGACCGAGACUGUAAAUACUGACUAUGAUUAUUCAUAAUGUCCACAACAUUGUAAUUUUACCAUUAUUACAUGAAUAUGUAGGUAAUUAAUACCAUUAUUUUCUAAUAUUAUUAUUUAGCUGAAUAUGUGACACAACCCCAACAUGACUAUUUGAAAGAUUGCAAAUGUUUCAAAAGAUCUAAAUGUGUCUUUGUGGGUGUCAUUUUGGCUUCCGACUUUGCGUACUGCAUUUAAGUUUCAACUUUCUUUAACCUUUUCUUCCGUGAUUGAUUUCCAAAGUAAUGAUUAUCGUUGUGAGGUGAUUAUUAAAAAAAUAAAAAGGGUUUAAUUCUUUUACAAAAUUUAUAAUAUAUUAAUACCCUCUUCCAAGUAUAUAAAUAGGUAGAGAGAUGGAUAUAAAUCAAAUGAUUAAAAAGUUAACAAAAUAGAUUUCUGGUGAUACCAGAAUAUGGAGCUAUUCAAGUUCAGCUUGUGUUUCAUUGUCGUGUAAAAUCAAUAUGUUAGUCUACAGUAAGAAGAGCCUUAACCUUAUAUUCCAUAGAUAAUUAUAUGCUAAAAACAACAUAAUUAUAUGCUAUUGAAUAUAGUGAUUUCAAAUAAUUACAUAAUAGGUAUUUUCGUGGUCUAAGUUGAGUGUAGCAGUCUGCACCAAAUAUCGGAGGUUUAGUCUGACCUUGCCUUGAAAACAAUUAAAACUUCAACUAAGCUUAAAUACGAAAGAUAUUUACUGACUGGCGACUGGAAUAUCAGCGAGCUUAGCACCGUAAGCGCGCGACUCUUUCUCGCCUCGACAUACGUCACCCGUCACUCUCUCACAGUACUGCACAGAAAGAGACAUGUCUCCCGGAGAGAAAAAGUCUCGUGCUUAACGGUGCUAAACCCGCAGCUCACAGCCCAAAGCGCGGAGCCUGGAGUGUUGAAGAACUGUUUUUUUUUUAAAAUUCAAAAGCUAAAGGACACGGACAAAGUUUCGAACAACGGCUAGACAUCGAAAAACCUUGACUUCUCAAUAACAAUAAACAGAACAACCAACAUUUUAAACGCCUCAGUAUCUCCCACAAAGAAUACAUAAAAUAUGCACACGAUGUAACUAAAGUACCUACACCUCACCUUUCUGUUAGACCAACGUGUUAGGUGGUGAGCCGUAUCGCAUUCAAUAAUGGUCGAGCCAACUGUGUUAUUGUAUGUGUGUCAGGAUCUCCCAAGUUGCCCGAAUUACCUAGUAAUCGUAAAUUACUAUGCACAAGGUCACUGACCCUGUAGUCAUGACUAUGUAACAUGUUGACUAUGAACACGCGUGGCCACGAUAUUUCCCCAGGGCUAGGAGCACGCAAAUUGCCAACUCUAGAGUUUAGGUCUAGCCAUUUGGACAUUUGUCAUGUUAACCUGCGGCCGUGGAGUGCCAAAAAAUCCGCAACAAAAAGUUCAACAGAGAUCGAAUUGUGUUUAGUAUUUUAUUUUUAUAAAGACUUCGCAGCCUUGCAUUUGCUAGGAAGAUUUAUAGGCACUAGACCGUGACGUGGUUAGAAAACGAUUUACUGUCGUAAUGAAAAGGAUUAUUUUAAACAACAAUAAAUUCUGAUGGUAUCACGCUUCUAUGGGUCUCCCCUACAGAGGAAACAUUUGCGUUUUUCCUUCCUCAUGCCAAUAACAUAAAUAAACCUCAUCUAAUGAAUAGACGGUAUUAUUCGUAUGAAGUACAUACAACGCUUUUCCAUUAAGGAUCGGUGCAGAGACAUCCAGACUAUUCCAGACCUAACUCAAUUUAGAAAUAUUCGUUUUCGAAAUUGACGCGCCCGGAAAUCGAACCCAGGUCCUCUUACGGUUAAGGUCUAGCCAUUACACCACAGAGGUCGUCAUUUCUUUCGUCUUUUUCUACUGUAGAUAUUGUCCUAACGUCCUAAGUUACCAGAUUUAGCGAACGGACUACAUACAUUCGAUCACGCCUAUUCCCCAUUGGGGUAGGCAGAGCCCACGGAAUUCCACUUACUACUGCAGCAAACAAUCUGAUUUAUAAAAUGUCUAAAAGACAACUAAUUAUCAGUUAAUUAAAAUAACACGGUACAGUCAUAAGCAAUAUCAUGUACCCACUUUAGAACCCUGUCGCACUAUCAUGUUUGGGUUAAUAUCAAAAUUUCAAGUUUGGUGGCGAAAUUUCAUAUUAUUUUUUCGUGAAAAAUUGGGUUCCGACAUGAAAAAGGAUCCUGGGUUCCUGGGUUCUGGGUCAAUGGAUCCUUUUUCAUGCCGGAACCCAAUUUUACACGAAAAAAUUAUAUGAAGGUUCGCCACGAAACUUGGCACAUUUUGAUUUUCACCCAUUUAACAUUUAAUGAGACUUAUGGUUUAAUUUGUCAAAAAAAAUAAUGUGAUAUGGUUUCAAAGUGUAUCAUAUUAGUACUCGUGACCGUACAAAAUGUUUCAAAUGCAAGAAAAUAAUAACAUUCCCCAAAUAUAUUUAGAAUCUUCAGGAAAACAGAUAAAAAGCCGCCGGGCACAAGUUGAAUUCUAUAAAAAUCUAGUAUAAAUAAAUGUCUGCGAUUCAGUAAAUAUCUGCGCCUCGAAGUGACAAGCAAACUGGCAGUUCCCGGAUGUUUAGUCAAUAUAAUGUUGGACUCGCAACCAUGAUGCCUUUACCUGUUAAGUAUAUUGAAACUCAAGGGCGGAUCCACGGGGGACGGUUAUGGGGGUCAUGACCCCUCCUGGGCGACAGGUUGGGCCAUGGGCAGACACUGCAAUUUUAUCUAAUUCUCUACGGAGAUAGGCUGUCUGCAACCUGGUGACUCUGACAUAAAGCUGGAUCCCCUCCUGUGGAAACUAGUCUAUUUUUUAAUAUUAAAGAUAACAUAAAUAUACAACACUAUCCCGAAGGAGUAGACAAAGGUGUAUAGGAUGUACGGUCACGAGUAUUAAUAUGUAUACACUUUGAAACCAUGUCACAUUAACUUUUUUGACAAAUUAAACCGUAAGUCUCAUUAAAUGUCAAAUAUGAUAGUGCGACAGGGUUCUAAAGUGGUUACAUGAUAUUGCUCAUGACUGUACUGCUCACUCCUCGCGUCCUUGCUUUUUUAAUAUCUUCUAAACAUAAAAUAAAUAAAAUAAAUUAACUUAUAUACCUAUCAGCCCAUAGACAGUUGCAAUUUUACUUCGAAUAUCUUUUUAAAAUGUAAGCAAACGCUAAGAGAUUGGAAAUUCAACGCAUAAUUCGAUGCGAAAUCGCAGCAAACUGCUAGUUUUUCACUAUGAAGACUAAUGUCAGCCAAUCUCCUUCUGUCACAAAACAAAUAUUGUUCUUCAGACGAUGGCAGAAACAUAAAGUUCUAUGCGGCUUUUGAACCGUUUUCGUUCGCCUCUAAUUAGAUUUUUAUCUUUAUUGGCAUUGUACUAUGACGUUAAUCGAGUUAUAAGUUUGUGUUUUGUUACCAAAUUAACGGUCAUAACUAAAAUAGACACGAGUCAAAAUAAGUUCGCUUGUCACCAGCUGAGAUAGUAACAUAAAUCGAGUAAAAUAAGUGCGCCACCUAUUUGUGCUAAUCGCGCGCCAAAUAAGCGCACUGUCCGCCCGCCCGCUCGCUAGUUUUGUUCUUUAAUUAAUAAAAUUAUUUACAUCAUAUCCUAUAUUUCAUGGUCAUAAACCCAGUGUGGAAAAUAUAAACAAAUGACUGGUGGAAAAGUUUCGGCUAUAAUAUAUGUUUCCAAUGGCUAACAAUAGUUUAACUUUAUACUUUACAAACGCGAAUACAGAAUUGCAUGCUAUAGUAAGGAUGUAGGUACUUGUGUUUCCCGUAAUAAACAUCUAUUCUAUUGUGUUUCAAACUACAUUUGACCUGGCAACUCUUCACAGAAUACAUAUCUCUAUACUAUACAAUAUUAGAUAUACUAUUUCUUUGAAGCCUCGGCCUUGGUUAGAAUACCAAUUACGUUCUAGAAUACCAAUUUAUUUUUUGAUUUCAUAUGACCGCAAUAAGUGUAGCAGAGUAUUUAUCGCUUAUUGUGAAACUUAUAUGAGCGAUAGGCUGAUCACCUGACACCAUAUGGUUUAUCAUUAUCCAUCUUUGAACGGAAAGCGGCUGCAACUUCUCUUCUGACUACUUGUGACUCUGCCCAACCCACUAGGUAUUACGCGCGUUUAUGUAACAUUGUGUGGCUUAUAAACUGUCACAAAAUCUUUAUUUGUUCCGUAGGGAACCUUGCGAGCGGAGUCAAAUGUAUUAUAGAUGAUUCACCUGUGUUCUAAGCACAAAUAUGUAUAAAAGUAUAGAAAACGUAAUUACUCUGUGUACUCGUUACCCUAUGUUGCGAUUCAAUUUAGUCUUUUCAUGUUCGUUCGUUAGAUCGUCAGCUUCUUAAAUUAUUUACGUUAAUGUUUUUACAAAUAUUUAGUAUCGAUCGCCAUCGACUCGCAAAGAAGAAGAAUGUUUUUACUACCUAACAUGGAAAAUUCCCAGAAAUUUUGCACUAAAACGUAUAAAUAACUGGCUAUCAUAAAUCAUAUUUUUUUCGUAACGUAGUAAUAUAGUUUCGGGACGUAAAUACGAGUACUAAACGGUAUCUCUUGACUUUUAACGAAAGUUGGAGACGAUUCGCGAUUCAAAAUCACAAUUAACCAUUGCAGAUAAAAAGUUGAGACUUGUGAUAAAUGACGACGCCGCAGUCGCCAAGUCAAGCAGAACACGUCGCAACAAUUUGCCGCAACCUGGCAACACUGUACCAUUACACAGCCGCCAAAGGCAACUGAAAUAAUUUAUACAGAACUUCUAGACUCGCCCCUAUUACAUGGGAUUUAAAACAGGAGUGGGUAUAUACUUACACCUUUGCUUACUCAAAAAAAAUUGCCGUCUUCAUUCGUUUAGCGCUCAAGCUACUCAAGAUGAAGAUGUUUUUUAGUAUUUUGAGUCCCAGUCCCAUAUUUCAUAGUCAAAGAAAUUAUGGGCUAGCUUUAAGUACACUCUGUGCACUACAUUUUUUCUGCCACUUUUUGGAAAAGGUCAUUGGAUAAGGAAUAAUACUAGAAAAGUGAGAUAUUAUAAAACAUAAGUACAAUGCCGUACACUCAAUGAAGAAAUCAUCGCCUAUAAAUGCAUACCAAAACAAAAACGUCACACGAACGAUCCUUCAUGAACUUUCGGGGAAGCGCAUGCGCUUGGGAACUCCCGUCUAUAAUUUCGCUGAGGUUCAUACUUAUACAUUAUGAAGCGAAUAGCAUUUAUACGAAUCACUCUUGAGAAAAGGACAUUAGGUAUGGCGAUAAAAGCUAAAUCGGCAUGAAUAAAUAUAGGAGCGUGCGCACGUUAAUUCCAUUUCCACAUCAAGUUUAACGUUCUCCAAUCAAAAACUUACAUGUUCUAAACAUGAAAACGUGUCAAUGUAUUCCAUUUUCGUAUUUUGAACAUUAUAUUGUUGACUAAUCGCAUCUAAACAUUUUCGAUAAAUAUGUCAAAAUUAUUGUACGAAAUAUUAGAUUACAAGGCUAAACAUCAAAAUCGAUUCUAAUUUGGAUAAUAUUUAAAGUCAAUAUUACAUAAACUUUCGCCUAUUCCCGCCGGGGUAAGCAAAGACUAUGGAAUUCCAUCUGUUUCGAUCCUGACACACUACUCUUGCUUCCUUCACAUUCAUCAAUUGUUCCAUACUCGCACAGCGGUUCAGAGUAGAUCGAACUACUUAAACUUUUCCGUAGGUACCUAAAGUCAAGAUUAUAAGUAUAUUAGGUUCUUAUAUAAUGCCUCCAAUCGAUAAAGUUAUAAUUAGAACAUCUAGUUAAUUCCGCGCGUGUUAAUCUGUGACUAGAAUGUGAUAUGAGACAACUGUCUUCUCCAGUUAUUUAAUUUAGCAGCUGUUUAGAAGUUCAAGGUCUUGCGUCUUGGAGGUCCUAAUUUAUUAUACUAUUAAAUCUAAAUGUUAAUCUGCAUUUAAGCGUCGUACGAUCACGAGUACUAAUAUGUAUACACUUUGCAACCAUGUCACAUUAACUUUUUUGACGAAUUAAACUGUACUCCUCAUUAAAUGUCAAAUAUGAUAGUGCGACAGGGUUCUAAAGUGGGUACAUGAUAUUUCUCAUGACUGUACGCGCUUCAAAACUUACCGCUUUACCGGUACAUAUUAUAACAUAACAUAAGCUCACGACUAUAUCCCAAUUGGGGUAGUCAGAGGCACUUCCAUGACAAGAUGAACUAAGUAUCCACGCGUCACCGAGCUUUCUGUUAAACCAACGUGAUAGGUAGUGAGCUGUAUCGCAGUCUAUAAUGGUCGAGCCAACUGUGUUAGUGAAAAUUGCACUUAAGAUACAUCAAAUAACUCAUUGGUGCAAGUCUG